AUGCCUGCAACGAAAACUGCUGUGUCCCCACCGGAGGAAUUCCUCUUCGACUUUGACUGGGCCGAGGACGUCGAGAAUGAGCUUCAAAACCAAGUAUCCGAUGACUGGGACCUGUGCCACGACUCCGAGGAACUCCCUAGCAGUGAGCUCUUGGAUGAUUCAAUUGAUAGUUCAAGUGAAGACGAAUCUACGGAGGAUGCCGAGUCCGUCACCGAGGACGAUUCUGUCGAGACUGAUGUAACUGUUGUAAGCAUUCCACCAACCGGGGAAGUUAGUCCGGUGGAACAGCUUCGUCAAGGAGUCACCGAGGAAUUUCGUGGACGUGAGUCCGCCGUGGCUCGUGACGAAAAUAUUCAUCACUAUAACUGGUCUGGAUAUCCUGUGUACAAAUCAAGCUCAACAACCGCCGCCGAAUCGCUUGCUAUCAUUUUCAGUGGUCCCAAAGUUCCAAAAGAGAACGACAAUCUGCGAAUUACUAGCAUUCUCCGUCGGGCCUACCGAUACAUUGACCCUGUCAUGGUAAGUUUGGAGAGAACUAGUAAAGGUCUGUUCCAGUAUCGAGGCUCUAGCUUACAAAACGCAGCAACGGGUCACGUCUUCAAGUUCUACACACCUCAUGGGCGGUGGAUUGUAGAUUCACACUCCUCCGGCUCUGAGAGGUUAUGCGUGGAUACAGGUGUCGUGGGUGUAUACCUCAGUCCUCACUUCGCAAUUGGAAACGAUUUUGUGAGCCCCAGUUUGAUCCCCAAUAUAUUGAACUGGCAAUCGGCUUAUCAUGAAAUCGCAAAAUCUCGGAAACGCUCAUCAUUGCCCAAGAAAAACACCUGGGGUCGGCUUCCACCAUCUCCUCUUCGACAGUCCAUGACAGUUUCAGAUGAUGUUUAG